GUUCCCGAGCUCGCGUGUCCCGGAGCGCAGCGCUCCACCCCCGGGGCCUUCAGGUUGUCAGAGGCGGGGACGUGCAUCAGCCGGCGGGGACGCGCAGAGCUGAGAGGCCUGUGCGCCCGGUUGAGGGAGACAUGCGGCGGACGCGGAGCGGCGUGGUCACCGAGCCGCGGGAGCGGCGGCGCUCGGGUGCCUCCGGGGGGCGCCGCCAAGCUGCUGCUGGACACCUUGUGAGUAUGGCGGGGGCGGCGGGCCAGCACCUGCGAGGUGCGCACCGGCGGCGGGACCCGAGGCUGGGUGCAGAGCCGGGGCUAGGCGCCUGCUACCCCGGCUUGCUGCUCAGUGAGUACCAGGGCCUGGUGAAGCACACAGGAGGCUGCCACUGUGGAGCCGUUCGUUUUGAAGUUUGGGCUUCGGCAGACUUACACAUCUUCGACUGCAACUGCAGCAUCUGCAAGAAGAAGCAGAACAGACACUUCAUCGUUCCGGCUUCUCGCUUCAAGCUCCUGAAGGGCACUGAGAGCAUAACCACCUACACGUUCAACACGCACAAAGCCCAGCACACCUUCUGUAAGAGAUGUGGCGUCCAGAGCUUCUACACUCCGCGCUCCAACCCUGGAGGCUUUGGAAUUGCCCCCCACUGCCUCGAUGAGGGCACUGUUCGGAGUGUGGUCACUGAGGAAUUCAAUGGCAGUGACUGGGAGAGAGCCAUGAAGGAGCACAAGACCAUCAAGAACAUGUCGAAAGAGUGAGCUCAGGCUUCCUCCUUCCCAAGACAGAGAGAGCAGGGCAGCAGCCCUGUGGGUUGCGUGGGUGUGCAUCGCUGUGCAGAUCUGGGCCGCUAUCUCCACUCCCAGUGCCCUGUGGUUCGCUCCAGCCACCAUUUCUUUAGGCAGCUCUGCCCUUAGCCCAGAUGUCAUGGAAGACAGUUGACCUUCUCCCUUCCCACUAACUUUUGUGUGAUCUUUUAGAAAAUAAACAUUUCUGACAUUAACGCUA